UGUAUUCAUAGUAGACUGUACCCAAAAGCAAGAAAACUUUGGAUUUUGCUACUGCACAUUAAAUUCAUCAUAUCCCUUUCAAGUUUCUGAGCAUUUAUAUCAUUUGAUUGUGUAAUAAUUCCACAAGAUCUGCACUCUCAAAAUUUCAAAGCUUUAUUGGGUCAUAACAAGGCAGAGUUGUGUGUGUAGAGUGUAGAGAGGAGGCACAGGCACAGGCAAAGGCAAAAGCAUGGAGGUGGUUCAGAUGCAGAGAAGGUUUGUGGAGUAUGCAGCAUCCUUGUUUCGUGAGGGGUUCUUGGAUGGUCAGUUCACACAGCUUCAGCAGCUGCAAGAUGAGAGCAACCCUGAUUUUGUGGUUGAAGUGGUGUCCCUCUUCUUUGAGGAUUCUGAGAAGCUUCUCAAUGAUCUGUCCAGAGCCCUAGAUCAGCAAAAUGUAGAUUUCAAGAGGGUUGAUUCCCAUGUUCAUCAGUUGAAGGGCAGCAGCUCCAGCAUAGGAGCACAGAGAGUCAAAAAUGCCUGCAUUGCCUUUCGCAACUACUGUGAGGAACAGAACACUGAUGCGUGCCUGAGCUGCCUGCAGCAAGUGAAACAAGAGUAUUCCCUUGCGAAGAGCAAGCUUGAAACUCUCUUCAGGCUGGAGCAACAGAUUUUGACAGCUGGUGGGUCGAUACCAAUAAUGAUGGAAUGAAUGAAUUUGAGGUUUUUAGGAUCAGGGAAGGCGAGAAAAUUGGUGGGGGGUUUGUAGAAAGCUAGCAUGUAUGAGUUUCAAUUUCACUUGCUCUCUAAGGUGUUUCUUUUUUAAGUUUGUGUUUGUAUGAAUCUUAUGAAUGAGAGAUAGGCUUUUGCAUUUGGUGUUACCUCUCAUUCUCAAGUUCAAAGCUCAAAACAGCUUCUUUGCUGUUUUUGCUUUUCUUAUUUACCUCGAGAUUUUCUUCCA